AUGGUAGCAAAGCUUAAGUCCAAAUUCUUUCCGCAAAAAUAUGAAAUUAGUCUAUUCAAGAAGAUGCAAAAAUUGAAGCAAAAGGAGAGCAGUGUGGAGGAAUACACACAAGAGUUUUACCGGCUAAACAUACAAGCUGGUCAUGUUGAUGAGGAUGUUGAGCAAGUUUCCCGAUAUUUGAAUGGACUACCCGUAUCCAUCCAAUAUGAGAUAAGCAUGGAUAAUGCGCAUUGUGUGGAAGAAGCGUAUCAAUUUGCUUUGAAGGCGGAGGGGAAGCUCAAUAGGAAGCAACAAAGUAACUCUCGGGGUAGAGGCAGAUUUUCACGUGGAAGAGGACAGUCAAGCAGUGAUAGAAGUUCCACAAGCAAACAAGAGGAAACAUGCACUUCAAGUGCAUGUUUGCAAGGAGGAAGGGGAAGAGGAGAUUUCCUUAGAGGAAAAGAGGGCUAUUCUCAUGGAAGGGGAUCAUUUGGAAGAGGUAGAGAAAGGAUUUUCAGUGGUACUUGUUACCAGUGUGGGGAAACGAGACAUCAAGCAUUUGAGUGUCCACAAAUCCAAUAUGAUGGGCGAAAAGGAAAGGAGGCAAGAGUGCAUGUAGUAGAAGCUGAAGAUCAAAAGGAGAGUCCACCAAAACAUGGAGAAGACCCUGAAGAUGGAGAAUCACUGAUGUUGCGAAGAGUUUUGUUGAAUCCCGAAAAGGAGAAGCCAGAGCCAACCCGAAGACGAAAUUUGUUUCGAACAUGA